AUUCGAAACCUCGUACCCAGAGUUCAAUGCAGUAUAUUAGCGGGAUUUUUGAUCGCUGGAGAGUGGAGAUAUAUUUAUUUUGAAGUUGAACGCAUUAUCACUGAUUUUUCUAUUUGUAUGUUGUAUCAGCUUUACCAAGAUUCAAUAACUAGUUGUGGAAUAGAUAUAGAUGGCAAACAAAAUGGGUUUCGCUCUCUUUGACUUUUUUAAUGAGAAUGCGGUUGACAUCGGCAAGGUUUCGUGGAUCCAAGAGCCUUCGUCUUUGACAAUGGAAUCCGUGUCGGAGAAUGAAACUUGUUAAAGUGGCGUGGCCCAAAGGCGGAGUGGAGGGGAGCGAUAUCCAAUUGUCGCUGGCUAAGGUGGUCAAGUUUGCAGCUCAACGUAAGCAGCUUCUGCGGCACAGGGACGAGUUUGUGCGGUUAGGCAGUGCAGAGCUGCAGUCACCGGAACUGGGCCGAGGGAAGAGAGAACCGAAGAGGAAGCUCUCGGACAUCGAAGACCAUGAUGAAGAACCAUCCCUUCCCAAACCACCUUCAAACGCUGCCAAGAAGAAGAAGACAAUGAGCAGCAUGACAUCAUCGGUAUUGGAACAGCUGAAGGAAAAGUAUUCACACAGCCACGACAACAGUGGACCGCCCGAAGCCGCAUGUUCGCAUCCCGACCAGGAAUGCCGCAAAUGCAAACUACUUCAACAACAAAUAGACAUCCUUGAGGAGGAGAAAGCUACAUUGCUGGCGUCAUUGAGAAUGAACAAAAUCGCUGGAGAUGUUGUUGCCAAAUUGGAGCUGCUAUGUCACACGCCAGCUCCAAAGCUGCCAGAUAUGACAAUGCCCAUGAGGACACCUCCAAGUCCCUUCAAUCGAGAGUCAAGUACACUAAGAGAUGGAGAUGAUGGAGAUGCAUCGGUUGCUGGUUCCCCAUCAGCAAAAAAGUUCCCAAUAGCAAAGUGGCAGAUUAGGCGAUGUUCGACCACCUCGCUGCAGAAAUUCAUCAAUGACCUCCUCCAUGGCCUGUAUUGCACAGAGUACAUGGCCAAGCACUCACUUACUGGCUACAAGGCCAGUAAGGAGUCUGAUGCUGGCAAGAGGAAGGACAGCAUUCCACAAGAAGAGGUUGCUGAAAUAAUUGCGGCAGCAAAACAAAUCUUCGCCACCAAGACGGACAUGGAGGUACGGCUGGCCAUCCGCCAGAAACUGAAUGGGGCUGCCAAAGUGGUCUCGGCGAGGAAAGUGGCAACACCUCCAGACGCCAGCCAAUAG